GUAAAGCAGAUAGAGGGAGACUGAUUAGCCUAUACAUGCCAGCAUAAUCACCAGUAGUUUAAAAGAGAAAUUCACUACGGCAGGAAGGAGAGAGAGCUAGGAACCAAAUCAAUCGAUGGCGCACGCGAAUGCAGGAGGUCAUCUGGAGGUGCCCAACGUGCAGGUGCUCGCUCAGACCUGGAACGGAUCAGGCGAGCAGGUGCCACCACGGUACGUCAGGACGGAUGAGGCCGACGCGGUCGUCGCCGCCGGCCACGCGCUCCCGGUCGUCGAUCUCGGCAGGCUGCUCGACCCGCGGUCGUCGGAAGAGGAGCUCGCAAACCUCGGCUCGGCCUGCCAGCAGGGUUUCUUUCAGCUCAUCAACCAUGGAGUUCCGGACGACGUGAUCCGGGACGUGAAGAGAGACAUAGCCGAGUUCUUCAAGCUGCCGCUCGAGGCCAAGAAUGCGCACGCGAAGCUACCGGACGGCCUCGAGGGGUACGGCCAGGUCUUCGUCUUCUCCGAGACCCAGAAGCUGGACUGGUCGGACAUGCUCUACCUCAUGCUCCGCCCCGUCGAGUCGCGGGACAUGCGAUUCUGGCCCGUCGACCCUCCGUCUCUCAGGAGCUCCGUGGAUCGGUACUCGGCGGAGGCGGCGAAGGUGGUGUCGUGCUUGCUCCGGUUCAUGGCGGUGGACAUGGGGGUGGAGCCGGACCGCCUCCUGGAGAUGUUCGGGGGCCAGCCGCAGACCAUGAAGGUGACCUACUACCCGCCGUGCCGGCAGGCCGGCGACGUGAUUGGCCUGUCGCCGCACACGGACGCCUGCGCCAUGACGGUGCUGCUCCACGUCAACGACGUGCAGGGCCUGCAGAUCAGGAGGGACGACGACGGCAAGUGGCUCGCCAUUGAACCUCUCGACGGCGCACUCAUUGUCAGCGUCGGUGACAUAAUCGAGAUCCUAAGCAACGGGAAGUACAGAAGCGUUGAGCACAGAGCUGUGGUGAACCCGGACAAAGAGCGCAUCGCGGCGGCGAUGUUCCAUCAGCCGCGGCACAGCAUAAUGGUCGAACCCCUGCCGGAGCUCGUGAAGAAAGACGGCAGCGGAGCACGGUACAAAUCGGUGGGCUACGCGGAAUUCAUGAGGCAUUUCUUCUCGGCGAAGCUCGAUGGACGAAAGAGCCACCUCGACCACUUCAGGAUUUAGUAUUAGUCGACUUCCAGUUCCAUCCUCCAAAUGGGCAAAAUAAAAUGUCGAAUAGAUCGGACAAUACGUUACUGAUAAUUGAUAGCUAGGCUGAGUUUACCUAAAAUACUCACUCAGUCUAUUGAUGCAAAGCCGUACUUUUAUUCAACUUUUGAAAUUUUGUCCAAGGAUUAGCCCAAAAUUAUAUACAAAAGUUGUACACCAAUACGUUUGUUUUGUAAUAAUUUUUAAGAUGAUAUUUAUUCUAUAGCAAUUGACAACAUACUA